UUAAUAUUAUUUCCCGCAUUUUUAUUUCUCCGGUAAAUACUAAAUCCGUAAAUGAUAUCAAGGUUAUUAUCUUAAUCAAAAUUAUUAUUUCAUCUUAGAUCUGAUCAUUGUUUUAUUGUCAUAUAAAUAUUAGCCAUUGCCUGUUUCAGGUGGUUUGUACUUUGUCUUCAACUAGUAAAAAAACAUCAUUCUUCAUUAUGAUAAUUCCCAUUCGUUGUUUUACGUGCGGCAAAGUUAUAGCCAACAAAUGGGAGAGCUACUUGGGCUUAUUACAAGCUGAAUACACUGAAGGUGACGCGUUGGAUGCUCUUGGAUUAAAAAGAUACUGCUGUAGGCGCAUGCUUCUGGGGCACGUCGACCUUAUCGAAAAGCUUCUCAACUACGCGCCUCUUGAAAAAUAAACCUCCAUUAAAAUUUAAUGAAAAUUAUGUAUUUAUAAAAUAACUUUUUUUGUCUACCUAUGUAAGUAAUAAAUAUACAUAUAUUUUUUUUGAUACCAAA